AUGCCUAGCCGGUGGAAGGCUGCUUUCCAGCUUUGCUGCCUUGUGCUGGCCGAGGCCACGCCUGCACGAAUCGCUGUCUACGACUCCUGCACUGCACGUGAAGAUGUUAAUACGGAGUACAACCUUCAGGGAACAACUGCCACUGGUGCACCCUUCUACAAAGCCGUUGCAAGCGAUCUCCACCUCUACUUUGACCCCAGCUGUGAUGGGGUGACUGCGGACUCGAGGUGGAUCAUCAGCUCUUUGACUGGUACUCCAGACACCACUCGUGCAAAUGACCUGGAUGGGGAUGCAGCCUGUAGCUAUGUGGCAUACAUCUCCUCCAGCGCGCUAUCUCCUCCACUUAGUUCCACCUGGACCAUGAAUUGCGGCGGAUCCACCCAGAGCGUGGCACUGACCAUCGAGGAGGUGAAUCGUGAUGGGGUGCAGAUAGCUCCAGCUUUCUUCUGCGCAUACAAUUGCGAGGACAGAGGAAAGGUGACACGCCCUGGAAGAUGCUUCGAGAAAACCGAAAUCUUCUCGACACGCGGCGUCAGCUGGAUGUACCUUGCCACUCGCAUGUCCGAAAGCCGGGGUGCCAAUGUCAACAUUCGCCCGCUCACGGAUGAGUGGGCAACCUACAGCGCUGGGGACAUGACCUGGGAAGGCUGGUUCAACGUCAAGUCUGUGCCUGAAGCUGGCCGCUCCAUGCUCAUGGGCACAUUUGGCACCAACGACGCUGAUCAGACCUUCAGUACCCAGAACAGGAGGCGGCAUGGCGCAGUCUGGUUAGAAACUGAUGGGACGCUGGGGCUCAGCACCAACACAGGCGAGUCAAGUGGCUACAUACCAGGCCCCAAUGUGAUUGACGGCAAGUGGCACCACAUCGCUGCUGUAUGGAAUCAGACAUCGGGCGGCGGUGCGCAAAUCUACAAAAGCUUCAAGUUCAUGCAUGUGCGCUAUCUUACCAUCAUCGGCAGGUCUGAAAUCGAAGAUAGCCUCAUCCUCAACCUCAAGGCUGCCAUGGCGGCUGAGGCCAACAUGACCUCGGACGACGUGUGGGUCUACUUGACGGAUGAGCAGGUGAUCGGAAACGAAGGGCGCACUGCUGUGUCCAUGGUGGUGAACGUUGAGAGGAAGUCUGCCGAUCUGGCCCUGGCCCGCAUUGUCCGAAGUGACACGUUCGAGGCAAGUAUGAUGAGCGCCAUGCGAGCCAGUACGCUCAUCGCAAACACCUACACAGGUCUGGACCCGAAGGAGAACAAUCAGUACAUUUACGACAACACGUUCCCCACCAUGGCCUACGUGGGACAAGGGCGGCUCCUGGUGGAUAACAUUGAAUACACUGGGCGGGUCACAUAUUCACCUCUGGCAGAGAACAUAGCAGACAACGGGCAGUUCUUUGUCGGUGGCGGCCAUGAGGCUCGGGCGGUGGAGUGCGAGGUGGCGAACGUGCGCUUGUGGACCCUUGCCUGA